AUGGAAUCUAUCCAGCACAGGGCCCUCUAUAGGAUUGCCGGCGCAUUUAGAACGACCUCUCGAGCUGCUUUAGAGAUAUGUCUCAACAUACCUCCUCCGAUGAUUGCAUUGGAGCGUGCGGCUAAAGAAUCAUAUCUCCGGAUAGCCACCUCUCCCCUUAUGACCACCCUCAUUGAGAUACGCCGCUCUGGCCAACGACCAGCACCAAGGAAUGCACAGGAGCGACGCAUGCGAUGGUUUACCAACCCAGACCAAGACCCCCUGACAUCUCCACUAGAACAAUGGGGUCGGCGAACUGCAAUCUCUCAGGACAGACUGGAGGUUAUACACCCACAUGUGACCUCACCAUGGUGGUCAGGUCUGGAAUCCCACAUAGCAGAAACCCGCGAAGAUGCCUUAGCAGCUCACCAAACCGCCUUACAUAGCGGCGCUGACAUCAUUGCAUACACAGAUGGUAGCAUGACAGAACAGGGAGUUGGAGCAGCAGUGGUUUCACCUCUAGGGCGCCAGGCAGUUCAUAUUGGCUCCCCAGCUACUCAUACUGUAUAUGCAGCGGAAUUGCGAGGCAUAGAAAUGGCUCUCACCCAAAUAGGCAACACAUUCAGACCGACAUCACAACGUUCCCAUCGGGCCCAUACCGCAAUCAUCUUUACAGACAAUCAGGCGGCAAUUCAAGCGUGUUCAGCUCCAGGAAGGUCUUCAGGCCAAUAUAUCCUGAGCGAAAUUACACGCACUGCAUCUCAACUACAGGAAUGUGGCUGGGAUAUACAGCUCUAUUGGCUCCCGGGUCAUGAAGGCAUCUAUGGCAAUGAGUGUGCUGAUGCUCUCGCAAAAGAAGCUGCUAAUUCCCCGGCACCCAGUGGUGCGGAAGAGUUUACCCUCAUGGCUAGCACUCGAAGAACCCUCCGCAUAGAAGCAGCAAAUGCAUGGAAGACUGAAUGGGCCGCUUCCCCCCACGGGAACUCCCUCCGUCGUCUAUGGAAAGAGCCCUCAAAAGCACCAAUGCAACUAUACCAAGGCCUACGGAGAGCCGCCACAUCAGUCCUCAUUCAAAUGCAGACUGGGAAGAUUGCGCUGGCCAGCUAUCUUGGUACCUUUAACGCUAUGGAAUCGACUGAAUGCCCUUGCGGACGUGGCCCCCAAGAUACACGCCAUGUUCUCCUCCACUGCACAAACCAGGCAGGGCCCCGAAUGCGCCAUCUUACACAGGGGUCAAGGCGGGAAUUGGAUUACCGGGCCUACCUAACACGGCCAGACCUGGUACCGAAGGCAGUGCGCUUUAUGCUUGACACAGGCCUCCUAAGCCAGUUUCAGACUCUACCAACCACAUACCGAGUCACAACAACGGACACGAAGCAACUGGCAGCAUAG